UCCAUACAUCGGCCUACUCGUGCUUCAGCCUAACCUCAUCUCUCUUAUUCAUCUCGCAACCUACACCUCUACUCUACUCUGCUCUUCUUCUCCUUCUUUCUUUCUUCACACUCACCACAGCUCCCUCUUAUAUACUCCCUCUCAUACAAACCUUGGUCGACUUUCCGCGUGCUUUUGCUUCUUUGACAUACACCCCGCCCCGACCCACGGUUGUGAAACCCCCGUCUAUAGGCUCCUCGCCCCUUUGGAAGCUCCGGACCCCCGCCAGCCUACGAAUGAUCUAACUUCCCACCCGACUUCACUCUGAUCCCAAACCAAGGCUUGCUCCCGUGUUGAGUUACUUCAUUCUACAAAUCGCCAAGUCAAUAAGAGUGACCGGUACUGCGUACACAUACCUAAAGCAUGGCUGAUUCCAUGGAAAUUAGUCUCCUCUCCUUAGACGGAAGAGACGACUUCAGAAAGCGCACGUUCAUCAUUACUCCUUCCACGACGGUGCCCAUCGGUCGAAGCUCCAAGAACACCAUCAAGAAUCUCAUGCCCGCUGCCGACAACGCCUACAUCGACAGCCCCGUCAUCUCUCGCGACCACGCAAGGCUAUCUGUUUCCGCGCCUUUCUACCCCUUCGACACGCCUGGCGUCUACAUUGCUGAUAACGGAUCCAUGCAUGGGACAUAUCUGAAUGGCAGCAGGCUGCCACGGCAUGAGCUACAAAGACUCCAUGAUGGGGAUGUCCUCCGUUUUGGAGAUAACGUCGUCCGCGAUACGGAGUCCUUCAUUGCCAAAACAUAUCGCUACAACGCUCGCAGAGCCCCCCAGAUCAAGGCCGAGGGCCCAGAUGGCUCUUUUCCCAGAGGAAUCAGUGUUCCGGAUGGCGCCACGUCGGACGACGAAGAAUUACACCCCGAAGAAGUAACUCCUCCUUCGCGACCCAAUCUUUAUGGCAGCAAAGGCAAUCCUGUCAAUGUCGAUGACUUUGAGGAUGGGCCACGUUCUCUUCCUUCAUACCAUGAGCUUGAAAUCUUGGCUGAAAAGGAUGACUCUUUGCUCAUUGAAGUAUCUGCAACGAAUUUACAUAAUAGGGGCCAGAAGGCAACUCCGUCGGCGGCAUCUCCGAAUGCAUUCAACGAAGACGUGACUUCUCUUCCUAGCCCGGCUCACUACACUCUAGCAGACGGUGAUUCAUCAGAGGAUGAAGAUGAUAUUGAUUAUCCGGAUGAGGAGAGCGACCAGCCAAUGAGCACCAGUGACGAUGAGACUGAUUCUGCCAGCGAGGGCGAUCUAGAUGAUGCAGGAGAUAAUGUAAUCUCUGACGUCGAUUCGGAAUGCGAUUCCCUCAACUCCCCAAUCGCUCGAGCCGAUCAAGACACCCAGACUACUAAUCCCAGCCUAAACGCUGUGCUCAACCAAGAGCACGAAGAAGUGACUGUUGCUCCAAUAGCUACGCCUACGAACGCUCCUCCCGCGCAGGCGCAGCCGACAGAAAAGCUCGACGACACAGCCAGUUACGAACAAUAUCGAAGCAUGCCCAACCCAAUAUCCUUCUACCAACCCACUGGCCCUCAGCUACACAGUGAGUCUUUCUCCAACGGCUACUGGAGUGACAAUAUCGGAGGAUCUCUUUCUCGCCCAUUAGCACCUAAGUAUGUCGGAUGGGACGAUUGUCUUGAUAUUGGCGCCGUUGCCGCACGGAAUGACGCAACGCCCGAUCAUUGGUACCGUGGUCCCGACUUUACCCGUGAUAACAUGGCAGGAUACAAUAGAACUCCAACCUUCGACACGAUCCCACAUCCAGAUGGCCAGGUUUCGGGCGACCCUACGGACAACAUGCGCAGAACAUACACAGAUGGCACAGUUGCGGUCGAUACAGCCAAUGCUGUGAUUGGUGUGCCUACUCCAGCCACCCCGGACAUGAACAGUACAAUCAUGGCCUCCCCUCCUACAGCAUUCAGGACUGGAGUUUCCAUCGCUGAGAUCGUCGACAAUUGCCCUCAACAACCACUCACACCUCCGUCGGAACCAAGCCCUGCAAACUUGAAGCGGAAGGCAGAUGUGCUCGAUGAUGUGGAAUAUGACGAAUUGCCUCAUUCUGCAGAGGCAGGAGCAGCAGAAGAUGCAGUUGUUCCUCAAGCUCAUCCGGAAGUGCAGCCCCGACCGCCGAAGAAGAAAUCAAGAGUCAUUGGUCCUAUGGCCUCUGGAGUGGCCGGUUUUGUUCUGGGUGGAGUAGCUGUCGUUUCAGCUCUUUUGUGGACACCUGAGCAGGUGUUUGAGCAGUUCCUUUCCUAAUUAAGCUUGUCAACUAUCGGGAUCUGGUGGGUAUGAAUGCCACCAAUGUCACGUGGUGGAUGGCUUCGACGAUGGGCGUCAUCAGUCUCUCUCACUCGUUCCACUUUCGUUUGAGAAUCCUUGAUUUCUAAGAUUACGGGCAAUAUUUUAUGGCGACGGGAAUGGGCAAGGCGUUAAAAGGUGUCUUCUCCUUGCACAAAUCGCUGGUCUUCCAGGGGCUUCACGAAUAUAUUACCCCAUCUUAUACUACCGAGCCGGUCCUGCGAGGAACUGAGUUUCCAUUUUCUCUUAUGGCGUCGAAUUUGCGAUAGUCUGGGCCCCUCAUGCAUCUUAUGUCAAAUACCUCAUGAUAAUCAAUGAAUUUUACUCUUACUAUAGACCACUGCUU